AUGAAGGCCCAGACCGUCAUCGCCACUUUGUUCUCCGUCUGCGUUGCUGCCUCCGCAGUUCCAGCCAGCAGCGGCUACAAGACCGUUGAGUUGAGCGGAAGCCAGCUCAAGAGCGCGCUUGCCAAGUACAAUAAGGGUGGCAGCCUCGAUGUCAAUCAGGUCAUCAACUGCACCGUCUCGUACACCCUUGCUCUGAGCAGCGGUGGACCCCCAUACACCAUUGACCUCUCCAGCCUGGAUCUGACCAACUGCACCUAUACCUAG